AUGGAUGAGCAAGUAGCACACCUUACAAGUCUGGGAGUAAGCGCGGUUAAUAUAAGCUCGUGCAUGGAAGAAGAUUGCGAUGGUGUCGAAGCUGGUGAAUAUUCUAUCGUUUAUGGCACGCCAGAAGCGUGGAUACUGAACCCUCGAUGGAGAAAUAUGCUUUAAUAAUAGUAAAGUUUAUUUGACAAGAUUAUGUGCUCUAGCAGUCGAUGAGGCCCAUGUUAUCAGACAGUGGUGAGUUUAGUUAAAAUUUAUAAUUUUAAACGAUAUAAAGCUAACUAAUUUUAUCGAUUCAUAGUGAAAAUCAGAAAAUGUUCUAAAAUAUGGUAAAUACAAUGUUUGAUUCGGUUUAAUAUAAUAAUUUUAUGUUUGAUUAUGUAAUUUAUAUUUAUAUUAUUUAUAUACGACUCAAAUAUGACAAUGAAUUUGAGUUUCUCUGCCUUGUUGUAUAUACAUACAAUUUAAAUAUAUUAUAAGUACAGCAGUCAAUUAUUAAACCCUGUGGACCUCGUUCAUUUACUACAUAUGCAGUGGGCAUAAUUCAAUACUACAUUGCAUACAUAGACUACAUACUAAAUGAAUGUUCCCUAUGCCUAUAAAAUGACAGUUUCCAAACCAUGUGUUAAUGCUUAACACUUCAGGUAGGUGUUGCGAUAUACAUUCACUUUGGUUUAGUAUUUACUGCGAAAUGUUGAAAUGUUUUCAAUAUUUAUAUCAUCAAUUUAUCGUAGUUGAACUAUAUUAAUAAUCUUAAUAAGUAAUGUAUUGAUGCAUGACUAAAAAUAGAAGUGGUUUAAUAUUUUUUUAUACUUUCCCUUCCCAGGGGGAUAUCACAAGAUAACAAAAUGGCUGCAUUCCGUGAAGCAUACAGCAAGUUAUAUGAACUCAGGUCAUUAGCACCAAAUGUUCCAGUGAUUGCCCUAACAGCUACAACAACACAUCUGACUAAAGAAUGCAUCUUGAGUAUUCUAUGCAUGGAUGACUGUUCUAAAAUUGAAGAGAGUCCAAAUAAGCUGAAUGUAUCAUAUGCUGUGUAGUGUAUGCACAAGGACACACAGUUGGAGUUUUAUUUUACUUGGCUAGCUGAUGAGUUAAAGUCUAAAGAAAAGCAAUGUGAAAGGACUAUUAUAUACUGCCAGACAAUCAAGCAACGUUCUAUUAUAUAUGUCACCCUUAAGGGAAUUUUGGGGAACUAUAUGUUUGCCAGAGAAGACAAGAGUGUUCUUAUGGAAAUGCUUCACUCCUGCACCCAAGAAGAUAACAAAAAAUGUAUCCUUGAAUCUUUUCAAAAUGUAAACGGAACAAUUCAAAUUUUAGCUGCAACUAUUGCUUUCGGCAUGGGUGUUGACUGUAAGGCAGUUCAUCGUGUCAUACAUUAUGGACCAUCAAAAACCAUUGAAGCAUAUGUACAGGAGACUGGACGUGCUGGAAGAGAUGGGGUGCAGAGCAGCACAUUCAUUUUAUAUCAUGGAAUUCUUCUAAAUCAUGUUGACAUGAACAUAAAAUCAUUUGUCAAAACUAAAGAUUGCAGGAGAAAAACUCUUCUGGAUCAUUUUGAAGCUGAUUGUAAAUUGCCACUUUAUCUGCAUCUUUGUUGUGACAACUGUGCAUCUAUUUGUGAAUGUGGACAAGCAGACUGCGGGCAGUAUACAAAAUACUCAAUCGCUGAUUGUUACAAGGAUGUACUGUUUAGUGGGAGGAAACGAGAAGUUAGCAAUGAGCAAAAGAAUUAGUUGAUUGAGAAUGCUCUGAUACAAUACCAGAAGAAACUUCUUAUUGAACUUGCUAACACAACUGCAAAAGCAGAAAUCAAAACUUUAACAAACAUUCGACUCAUGUUAGGGUUUUCUGAACAUAUUAGAAUUUAAAUUUCUGGGCGGUGAAAUGUUUUCCGGGGGUUGUUGUUUUUAGGGGUGCAGUCAGCCCAUGCACCCCCCAGAAAUCCAUCUAUAAUGGUAAGACGUAAGACUGUUGCCAUCCAAUUCACAUUUUCAGAUUACCAGAUUACAGUUCUCCCAAUAAAUUAAUUUUUUUAUAAUCAUAAACAACCUUUUUAUUUUUCUGCGACAUUUCGUCUGUAUAUUUAUGCGGAAUGUGUUGGACACAUGCUUCAGCUAAGGGUUCCAAAGCAUCAAAUAAUCUACCAGUAUUCUAGAGGUAAGAAUGAUAUAAUUGUGCCUUUGUUUCUGCUGGUCACCAAUUGAUGGUAGAAACUUUAUAACAGGUAUAUUUUUGACAUGUGUCUUUGGUCCGACUGAAUCUAGAAAAGCACCUAAAGAAUAGAGACUUUAUUUAACAAUGAUUACACAUGACAGUGGACACUGACAUGUAUGUAGCCCUCACCUGAAACUCUAUUCUCAAUGUGCUGAUGAUUUACCCAAUGAAAGUCCUUAUUUUAAGACUUCAAUGUCAUAUUCUUUCGGCUUACAUGAAUGUCAAUAUUGUCAAAUGAUAUGACAAAACCAGGAUGAACAGAUUUUUUCAGGUCUCUCUUCUCUUGCAAUGCCAUAGACAAUUCAUUUAUUUUAAUACCAGGGGUCAAGGACAGUUGUUUACACGUUUCUGCAACCGUACAUAGAACCUUGUUGUCAUGGGUGAUUUGAUCUUUCGAUUUGAUAAGAACAGCGUCAUGAUUUUCCCCAAGAUGAUCUAGCUUUGCCAAUAUGUUGCUGUUUGAGUAAGUCACCUUUAACUUUAUUAUUUAAUCUGCAUAUUGUGGACUGAAAUAUAAAUUACAAAUUAUUGUUUAGAACAAAAAAGAAUGACACAGA